AUGCUGCAGAGCCGGGCUCCGCUGCUGAAGCAGGGUCUGCUGGAGAAGCGGAGUGAUGGUCUGCUCCAGCUCUGGAAGAAGAAGCUGGGGGUCCUGACCGGAGACGGCCUCCUGCUGCUGCCCCCAAAGCAGGUGAUGGAGCAGCCGCUGGAGGAACACGGAGAGCCCGGGGCCAGCGGCGGGUACAGCGGCGCCAAGGAGCUUCUGUUCGGGGACAUGAAAACGGUGGACAGUGUGGAGAGAAAAGGCAAAUACAUUUACUUCACGGUGGUGAUGGCGGACAAACGGGAAGUGGACUUUCGGUGCUCGCGGGACUCCGCCUGGAACGCUCUCAUCACUUUGGGGAUGGUCCAUUACCAGAACCGCAGGGCGAUGGAGGCUGUGCAUUGCAGCCGCAAGAAACUCGCUCAAAGGGGCAUCGGCCCCGGGAUCGCGGACACAGCCUGACCAGCCACCCCCCCAACACCCCCACCACACCACAGGCCAGAGCCCGGGACCCUGCACACAACAGGUUUGAAAAGGAGCGCACUCACACUGAGAUCUUACAUGCAGAAAUGGAAAAGCAAAUUAGACUCUAUCCCAUUUCAGUUAUGAGAUUAGCUAAUUAGAAGCCG